AUUAUUAUUAUUAUUUUGUUUUCGCUUUCAUUAGAGUUUUAUGUCUAUUGGUUAAUUAUUGAUCAUCUUAAAUUAAUCUUUCUAGUGUCAUUUUAAAUUUUGUUAAUCUCAACGCAUUUAAAAAUGGUUCAAGGCGGUAUGUCCUGUGUUAAAUACCUCCUUGGUGUUUUCAAUUUUGCCUUUUUCUUGUCAUCUAUUGGUAUCAUCACAUUGUGUGUCCGAUCCAUAGGGAUGCCUGAAUCAGCAGAAAAGAUUUUGGAUGUUGAUAAUCGCCACUUGAUUGUUAUGGUAGCAGCUUCUGUCGUCCUCUUAAUCAUAUCUUUCCUUGGCUGUUGGGGUGCGCUUCGAGAAAACCAUUGUAUGCUGGUUUCUUAUGGAGUUCUUCUUCUCAUCAUUAUUUUAGUAGAGGUUGCUGUGGGAACCCUAGCCUUCCUUUAUAGUAACAAAGUAGAGGAGCUUGCUUACCAAGCAAUGAAUAAAACCAUGUCUUCGUAUGUUAUGGAUGAUGAAAAUUCAACAUCUACCAGGCUUAUCGAUGAUUUACAGAAGAAUGUUAAAUGCUGCGGAGUUUAUAAUUAUACCGAUUUCCUAAGUAGAUUUGAUAAACUGCCCUUAUCUUGUUGUGGUAAGCUCAGAGCUGUAUCAGCACUCAAGCCAAUCACCGAUCUGGAAACAAACACCACUGGCUCUCAAUUCUUUCCCUACAACUCCAGAACUGUUGGAGCUUCUGAUCGCAAUGAGACUUGCCUUCCAAAUGAAGCUUUCACGGAAGGUUGCGCUCACAAACUUUGGGAUUUGAUGUAUAAAUAUUACGGUCCCAUCGGUGGUAUCUUGAUUGGAGUGGCUGUAAUUCAAUUACUUGGAUGCAUUUUAUCUUGCGCUUUUGCUCAUUCUAUCAAACAAGACUAUGAAGUGGUCUAAUCAUCAAGUUAAUACUUGUACCAACCUUUUUCAUGUAUUACCUGACAUCCGUCUGUCUUAAUCUCUCACCCUUACCCUCCACCUUCAUCCUUACUUUCCCUCUCGUCUUUUUGCACUUUUCUCUGUAUCCUUUUUCGUGAUCUGUCUAUGAUCAGUUUAUUUUCCUCAUUUUUCUUGCAUUUAAUCAUUCGUCUCAAAAAUCAAAGGACAUAAUUCACCUAAAUAGCGAGUAAAUGUAAACCACCAAAACUUGGUUGAAUAUUCAAACCUUUUUUAUUGAAAACCAUUCUUGAUCAAUAACAAUUAUAUAAUAAGAUAAUUAAUAAUCCUCUUUUUCCUUUAAGGUUCUUUUUCUAUCAGCGAUUCUUAAAUUAAUAACCCAAUUUCGGAUCACCUUCAUUUUUUAACUGCUUCAAACUACAAGGCUCAAACAAAUCAACCCCGAAAGUGCAGUAAGAGAAUCACGCACAUAAAGCAUACAAAAAAGAAGUGAAAGAAAAUCUCUUGAUAAUGGGACAAGAGAAUCAAACAUCUAUAAUUAAUCUGUAUCUUGAUUUUCUCAUUAAUGUAAUAAUGUCUACUGGUAGCUAAAGAAGAUCUUUGUCAUCCCAUAUUAUGUCUCAUUCUUUCUCUUUCUCUAAUUUGUUUGUGUUUCAUUGCUCACAUUUUAUUAUUUAUUACUUUAACGGUGUUUGUUUUCCCAUCAUGAAAUUAACAAGUGUAUAUAUUUACAUUAAAUAUAUUGGUGAGAAAU